AUGAGUGUUUUGGUUCUGAUUGCAAUUGGAGCAAUAAGUUUUAUCAGUAUUCGUAUUCAUCUUCGUCGUGGUCGAUGGCUUACAACUUUUUUUAUAAUCACAUUUAUUGUUUCUGUUAUACAAAAUUGGUAUACACUUUAUCAGGAAGCACAAGCAAAAGUCGAUCAGGUGCUUAUGAAAAAAAUACCAAAACAUUGUCAAGGUCAUGCAAUGGGUGUAUGGGAUUCUGUUAAAUCUUAUUUUGGUCGUUUCGUGCAAUUACCAACUGAUGAAUGUUUGGAAUAUUACAAAGCAUUACGUGCUACACCACAUUCACAAGUUACACCUAUUCAAGCUUUAUCAAUGACUUUUGCUCAAUUAUUUGUUACACCACUUGGCACAAUAGGUGAAAGUUUAUCACAAUUUUUUGCUGGUACUAUGCGUCAUGUACCUAUGGUUUUAUGA